UACUCGUUUAUUUCUCCGUCGUUUGAAAAACAGCAGCACUGUCUGUUGAGUCAUUCAUAGUUGUUUUUCUCGACCGGUGAUUAUAAAAUAUUCACGAGACCGCAAUUUGCUUGUGAAAAAGGAGCGAAGUUUCAAGCAAGUAUUACUUGUCACUGACGUAUCCCGUUUCUCUGGUUGCUCGAUAGCGGCGAUUCGCUGUAAAAAUAGUGGCUCGUGCUUCGCUGAAGUUUUUUGAAACUCGCGCGUGACCUGAACAUACUGACCGUCUCCUACCAAUAAGUUUUUAAGAGAUAAGGGUGAAUUUUACCUCGUGACCCUCUUUACUAUCUCCCUUUGUUCGUGCUUAAAUUCCUCCUUCUUUGCGGAAAUUCUGACUUAACGUCCAUUUGAGUUUUGCCGAGUCAAGCGAUCGGUGUUUGGCCGUUGAUCUUUGUGGAAAUAAACGGAAUAGAAAAUCAUCUACUCGUAAUUUUUCUCAUAUUCGGAAAUGGUGUAUCAACGGGAAAUGCUGGUAUCAAAGGAUUCUCUUCAACCUGUACCUCUGAAAAAAGCGGAGGAGCUUUUGAAAAUACUGCGCUCAGACUUACCAUAUUCAUUACAAGCUUAUGGUGCUCUCCAGACUUUUAUUGAAUGGAGUAAGAAGGGCGGUAGACAAAAGCUCAAUAUCUACACACCCCAUGGUCAUUUAGAAGAUGGAGCGGUUGUUGGAAUAUACAAACCGACGGAUACUUAUUAUUUUCUGUCCGUUUACUGUAUCGGAAACGACACGUCAGUCCUGAGAAAUGCCUUGUUGACCACCAGCAGGAUUAAGUGGGACAUGGAAGGGAUCCAGGUGACUUUUGAGGGGCUUUCAGAGAAGCUCCUUCCCGUGGCCGAAGAAUGCCUUGCUCGCAACAACCUUCAAACCACCCUCAACAUGAGAUCUGUAAAAUUUUGGCUCACUCCCUCGCGUCAUGUACUCAAUGAUUUUCCGUGCCCACCUGAGGUUCACGUUGCUCCCCUGGACCCUGCAUUUUCCUCGGAGAUCCAGUCUAAGUGGGUGCAUACCUUCCGCGGCGCCGCCGGUCACGUGGAGGCCCUCAUCGACAACAACUUCGGCCUGGGCGUCUACCUGCGCGACACCAACGAACUCUGCGCCUGGGUGCUCUGCAACCAGUACUCCGGGCUGGGCAUCCUCCACACCCGACAGGAGCACCGUCGCAAGGGCUACGCGCAGAUCAUGUGUCACGCCAUGAACGAGCAACUCUUGCGAUCUGGACUACUGCCGCAAGCCAAUGUGCUCGCAUCCAACCCGCCUUCACUCAAGCUUUUCAGGGAACUCAGGUUUGAGGCUUGCCCUGACUUUUUCUACAUCGAGGCCAGCGCUCAGCCUCCACCGAGAGACGGGUCCCCGUAAAUAGGUCAGGAGAGGCGAAGUUAGGCUUCCGAGCAAGGCAAUUAAGGAAUGACGUUGCAGCAGCUGUGUCGGUGCAUGCGAGCCAAGGACCGAUCGCCGAUCUCGAAGAAGCGCCCUAUUACUCUUGCUUAUCAUCGCAUAUGUAUAACAAUUAUGGAUAUUUUAUCCCAAAUAUUCUCAUGGAGAUGAAGUUUUCAUGAGGUCAAAGGCAUGAACAGGCAAUCGCGCAGUGGUAACUUCGGCAUACACAUGGUACAUAAGAUCGACAUACCGCCAUUAUACGAAAUAUGACUUACCACAAGAUGCCGUCAGUAUAUAUAACUUUUAAGUGCUGUGCGCGCUUUAAUGACGUCAUGACAAAUCUGGAACAUCUCAAAUUGCAUGACUUUAAGCGAUGUAUGUGUCGCUCAUUAGAUUUCGAAAAGUUUGAAAACUUAUUACUUUGUGAAGCUCUUGAGGCCUUUCUGAGCCUAAAUAUAAGAAAUUUUGUUUUGAGAAAUAUUCGCAAGUCUGCGAUUAUAAGAUAAACGGGAGCAAAAUUUCAUCAUAUCGUCGCUUGGCUGACAUAAGGACGUAACUACACAUUGGGAUGAGCCCGGAAAAGCAUUGAGUUGUAUGGAGGACAGGGUUCAUUGCAGAGUGCAGUUACGCCCUUAUGUCAGCCAAGCGACGAUAUAUUGGUUAUCCUCCUACCUGCAGCUUGAAAAAGGAUAAAGCGAAAUGUUUGGAAGAUAUUUCAAAGACAAACGUGCGCGGAAAAUAGUCAAGAUGCAAGAGCUACAAUAAGGAAAAAUUGAUAAGCUUGGAGUAGGGUUAGGUGGAACCUAUCCUGAAACUUGGUGCAGUGAUAUUAACCACCUCCAUGCACCUGAGCGUGGACCCAAAAUAUUUUUCCGUAUGCGUUUCCCAAGCAAAAUUUUCAACCCAAAUUUUCUAUGAAUGUUCUUCAGACAUGCUUGAAAACUGAUAGAGGUAAUGAAAAUCAUCUAAAGUUAUCGAAGCAGUGUAACUUUUUCGAGAAAUAAAUACAAAUAUUUUGAAAAAUU